GUAAGCUACUGAAGCGUUCCUCAUUUUUUAAUACUCCAGGAACUAUGUCUACAUCAUUGAAUAGGGUGGUGCUGGUAUUGGGCGGUGCAGGUACCGUUGGAUCCGGAAUAGUUAAAUCUCUUCUGGAAAAAGGUUUCCAGGUUGCAGUGAUUUCAAGAGAUGGUAAUCGACUUGAAAAAUUGAAAAACUUUGUACCUUCUUCCUCUCGGGAGAAUCUGCACACACUGGUUGCAGAUGUAGGUACUGAAGAUGGAGCAGAGGCAGCAAAAAAGGCAGUUCUGAAUAAGGUGGGAACAGUAACGGAUGUAGUCUCCUCUUUGGGAUUCAGCUGGUGGCAGGGCGGACCGUUACACACUCAGACACUGAAAGAACUUCUUCGGGUGCUUGAAACACUCUUAUUGUGCACUUUCACAUCCUGGAAGGCAUUUUUCCCUCUGGUGAAAGACAACCCCAAUGGAUCAUACACCUUCAUAACAGGUGGUGCAGGGGAGCGCCUGCUUAUGCCAGGGACAGGAUUUCUGACUCUAGGAGCAGCAGGAACACUGGCCUUCUGCCAAGUAGUACGGGAAGAAUAUCCUACCAUCCCCUGCAAGCUAACUGAGGUGAAGAUUAAUAUGGGAGUCCGAAUGCCAGAGCACAUGGUUCCAGGCUCUGUGAGCCACCUUGAAGUGGGAGAGGCAGUAGCUUCGGUUGUGGAGAAGAGACUUACAUCCCACAGGGUUCUGUGUGUCAGCUCACCAUCUGAUCUGAAGACUCUGAUUCUGGAAGGCAAACUAUAGGCUUUUUGAGAGGACUGUUUAUGAAGACCAUUAGUGAAGACACUUGUGUCCUGUUCACCUUCCCUAGCCACUGCAUCCUUGCUUCCUUACCACCUAGGACUAUAAUGUUUUCAUAGACAAAGUUACCAGCUCAGCUCUGUAUGUCUCAGUGCUUUAUUCCCAUGCCUGCUUCAGUUCUAGUUGUCUGUUUUGGUUCCUAAAUUGCUGUGCAACUCACAUGAUGCUACUGUUGUCAUCUGCUUAUUAAUUCACCAAACACCUCUUUCAGGAAGAAAUCUUUUAUGACUGUGAGCUGGAGAAGUAGAGAUAUAAUCAUUUGGGAGCAAGAGUCAGUGUGAACUGCACUGGGCACAAAGGAACCUUGUUUGAAAUAAAUUAUAUUGGCUCAUGUAGAACAACAGUGACAAUUAUGAGACAUUAUUAUUGUUACUAUUUGCAUUCCAUACCUCUCAUGUUUUUAAAAAAGGUAGGUUUUUCUUAGUCAUAUUAAAUAAAGCAGGAAGAUGUAUGGAUGUGGGAAGGUAUGGAUUUGAUCUUCCUUCUAUACCAUUCCCAAAUUUUGAACUUAUAAAAUUAUGUUCUACACAGCUGACCUAGCUUGCUAAAAAAAUGUGAAAUAUAUUUACACCUAUUUAGGUUAGGACCUCUGGACAAAGCUUUUACAAUCUGUCCCAUUUCAGUAUUUAUGUAGCUUUGAACGUCCUGAUGCUAUAAGGUCAGCUACUUGCAAAUGGGAUAACCAGCGAGCUUAAACAUUCCCAAUCUAUUGCAAAGGGUCUUUUGUAUUAGUUUAAGCAAAACAAAGUCUUUCAAGCCUCCGUGCAUAUACAAACACCAGUCAGUAUUGGCUUAAUGCUGGUUAGUGCUGCUGCUUCAGAUGAGUGUAUCCCAGACUCCAUUGCAGAACACAGCAGCCAUGUCACAUGCUCUUAGAGCAACAAACCUUCAGCCCAAAUAAGGAAGAAACACUGAUGUUCAUCAUCCAAGUGAUGGAAGAUCCAACUUUCCUACUGUUUACUGCAGUACUUUGCAUCUGUCAUAUGAGCUUAAUAACCAUUAUAUCCUCUAGUAGCAGAAUGUGCACUGUUGGGGUUCCUAUCAGAUAGUUUAACUUCUGCAUGUCCAAACCUCAUAUGGUCGAGACCAUAAGUUCGAAUUUCCACUAGUGCAAGCGUUUCAAUGGAAAUCUCCAUAAUUGGAGGUUUCCAUUUUGUUCCAUGUGGCGCGAUCUCAGAGUUGGUAUAU